UAUAUAUAUAUAUAUAUAUAUAUAUAUAUCCAUAAAUAUUCUAUUCUCUCUUAAAAUAAAAGUUUAUGAAAACAUCACUGUCUUUUGCUUGACGCAGUCGGGUAAAAAUUUUUACAGUAAGCUAAACUUAUUGUAACCACAAAAGAGAUAGGCACAGAAGGUUGGCUCCAUACAACGAGUGACGACAGAUGCACGUAAACAUAGACGGGUACGUACAUCAGUUGCAUGGAUCCAUGGCAAGUCGUGAGCCAGUGCCCGCGCUUCGCUUUUAUGUUCGUUGCAUUAUUGCUCAAUAUAGGGAGCUGGCCUUCUAUACUUAUCUAUUUUGUGACUUGUAACCGUGUAGUAUUACAAUAUUGAAGACAAUGUAAACUAUCGUAUUUGGAUGCAGUCAACUGACACAGCAUUUUGAUUACACGUGCCAUUUUUCAUAUUUGGGAUAAUAUGACGUAGAUUUACCACUAUUUAAGAGGGUAGCAGUUGAAGUUCGAUUGCAAUACAUUUCUACAAGGGCUAGUAGAAUCACUGACUACCUACGAGAUUACCAGUAUCUACCAGAUCUACAAGAUGUCCACGCAAAUGGCCGAUCAGUUGUUCCCGUCUUCAGAUGAGUCAAUAGUUGACGCUCCAGUCCCAGUCAAGACCAGUAAAAAGAAGCGGAAGACUGCAGAGAAGGCAUCGGGUAGCCAGCCUACCGCUAGUAAGAAGACUAAGUCGAGAGCUACGGUGCGUGAUCUCUUCGGCACGGAUAGCGACGAUGACGAACUGGAUCACAGCGUCGGUAAAAAAGCAGCACCUAUCUAUUCCUAUGUUACGCGUAGGCUAGCUAACGGUUUCUCACGACAAAUUGAUGAAGAGAAAACUGGGGCUUUUUAUAUUGAGCUAAAAGUUUAUAAUAGUGACGAAAUCGAGCGGGUACCACCAGUCAAUCGAUGGCGGCACUCCGUUAUAACUAUCAAAAAUAAAACUAAUUCGGACACCGAGUCCUGGAGGCAUUUAAAUGCAUUCAUAAAGGAGACAAGGAAAGAAUUUAAAAACCGUACACCUACUUUUAUAAGCUCGUACCAGUAGAAUUAAACAGCUGUAUAAUAAAGAAUAGAUAAUGAAGUACGUAAUCAUAACUCUCAAUUAAUCAUUUAUAUGGACCUGUAUAAUCAUUAAACUGUAUUUACUAAUUAACCUAAGACAACUAUGUAUUUUAAAUGUAGUUUUGUUUAAUUAAAUGUAUGUAUAUCUUAUAGUAUGUAUCAUUUUUCUUUUCAGUGAAAUCACCCUCUACUGAUUCACCAUCAAGUUAUAUGUAUUGUGAUAAAUGUAAAACAGAGAUACCGAAACCUGAAUUCAGAUAUCAUAAACGAACUAAUAUCCAUAAAUCGAAUUGUUUGAUAAAGUCAAAGUUUGAACAUAUUGAUAUAAUAGCUACAGCAUUUAAAAACAGAAUAAUGACAUAUCGCUUAAACCCAUCUAUAGAAGACGAGUACCUCCUGCCGGAGGCGUUCUUAGAUGGAAAACGAGACGAUGUUUAUAAAUUAAUUGAGUUAUCAUUAUUAAAACAUACAUGUAUUAAAGUUAACUUUGAGCUGUUUGCUUACUUUGUUUUACCUAAAUCAGGUGAGCAGCAGCUGAAGUCAUUUAAUACAAAAUACGAAGUUAUUUAUAAGAGUACUGAUUUUGAUCAGAUUUAUUUAAAUAUGAGAGAAACUUUUAAGAUGAAAUUAACUGAAUUUGAGCACUGUGAAUCGGGAUGGUCAUUCACAUCACUAAGUCAUUUAGAAAUAAAUAUAAAUAAGUAUUCUCCCAUGAGAGGUGGAUCUUAUAUAGAACUACCCGUUGUUAUUAAAAAUACGAAGAGCUGUAUAAAUGUCUACAAUAACGAUGAAUAUUGUUUUUUAUGGAGCAUCUUAGCAGGAUUAUUUCCAGUCAAAAACAAUGUCUGUAGGACAAGCUCUUAUCCGCAUUUUAAUUCGAUAUUUAAUAUAAAAGGGAUGUCAUUCCCACCAUCCGCCAAAGACAUCAGGUUGUUUGAAAAGAAUAACAGUAAUUUAAGUAUUAAUAUUUACGGAUUGGAUCAACAUUACACUGUAACUGGUCCUCUUUAUGUGACAAAUUUUAAGAAAGAUAAGCAUAUUAAUUUAUUGUAUUUCGAGAAAAAUGACAGAGCUCAUUAUUGUUUGAUCAAAGAUCUUUUACGCUUAGUGAGACGUCAAGUUUCCCGUCAUAAAGGUCGAAUGUAUUUAUGUGAGACAUGUUUGCAAUUUUUUACUAGUGAAAUGAAAUUCCACUCUCAUGCCUGUUCUAAAAUUAUAACAUUAUUACCAGACAAAAACAGCACGUUACAAUUUAAGCAUUUUGAGAGACAGCAAAAAAUCAAUUUUGUUAUAUACGCGGAUUUUGAAAGUCUAUUAUGCAAUUAUGAUGAAGAAAAUACUAAUAAAAAUACUAUAAAAAAUAAAUUACACCUGCCUUCAUGUUUUGCAUAUUAUGUAUGUUGUUCACAUGACACUAGUUUAAAUAAAUUUGUUACUUACACAGGGACAGACUGUGUACAAGUGUUUGUCAAAAAAUUAAUUGAAGAAACAAAAUCAAUACAUAAGGUUUUGAUUACUAAAAAAGCUAUGAAACCUAUGACUCCAGAACAAAUGAAUAAUUAUCGUAGUGCAAGUAGAUGUCAUAUUUGUAAAAAUUUAUUAUUUGAUGACAAAGUGCAAGAUCAUGAUCAUAUUACAUCAGAAUAUAGAGGUGCAGCUCACUCACACUGUAAUUUAAUUUAUAAAGUCUGUCCAUUCAUACCUGUCAUAUUUCAUAAUUUAUCUGGCUAUGAUUCCCAUAUAUUUAUCAAGGAAUUGUCUAAAUAUGAUGGUGAAAUAAAAAUAAUUCCAAAAACAAAAGAAAAAUAUUUAUCCUUUACAAAAAUUAUUGAAACUGAUAAAUGUUAUAAACCUUUGCAAAUUAAAUUCAUAGAUUCAUUCCAGUUUCUUAGCACAAGUCUCGAUAAUCUGAGUAAAAGUUUAACAGACAGUGAUUUCUUAAAUUUAAAAUCACAUUUUCCUGAUGACAAAAAAUUCGAGUUAAUACGAAGGAAGGGUAUAUAUCCAUAUGAAUAUAUUGAUUCAUGGCAGAAAUAUAAUGAGACACAACUUCCACCAAAACAUUGUUUUUACAAUAGUUUGCAAAUGAAACAUAUAACUGAUAGCGAGUAUGAACAUGCGCAAACCGUUUGGAAUUACUUUAAUAUUAGUAGUCUUGGUGAAUAUACUGAUUUAUAUUUAAAAAGUGACGUAUUAUUAUUAUGCGAUAUAUUUGAAAAUUUUAGAAAAAUAUGUCUACAGCAUUAUAAUCUCGAUCCUGCACACUAUGUAAGUUCACCUGGUUUAAGUUGGGACGCCAUGCUCCUUUACACGGGUGUUCAACUCGAGUUGAUUCAUGAUUUAGAAAUUUAUAAGAUGAUAGAAAAAGGAAUACGUGGUGGACUAGCACAGUGCUCUCACCGAUAUGCUAAAGCCAAUAACAUUUACCUCCCUCAUUUUGAUGAUUCUAGACCGUCGUCAUAUUUAGUAUAUCUUGACUGUAACAAUCUUUAUGGAUAUGCAAUGACUAAAAAAUUACCUAUAUCAGAUUUUAAAUUCAUGACAAGUUUCGAAAUGGCCAAUUUUUGUUUGUUUGAUAUUCCUGACGAUGCUGAGUACGGUUACAUUUUAGAAGUUGACAUGAUGUAUCCAGAUAAUUUACAUAAUUUACACAAAGAUUUGCCUUUCGCUCCGGAAAAGUUCAUACCCAUAGGAGGGAAAACAGAAAAGUUAAUCGCGAACUUGUAUGACAAGUACAACUAUGUUAUACAUUAUAUAUAUUUAAAAGAAUGUAUUAGACAUGGACUUAUUUUAAAAAAAAUUCAUCGGAUACUCCAAUUUAAACAAGAAAACUUUUUAAAAAAAUAUAUAGACUUAAAUACUCAAUUACGUCAAUCAGCUAAAACAUCAUUUGAAAGAGAUUUCUUUAAACUUUUGAAUAAUUCAAUAUUUGGAAAAACUAUUGAAAAUAAACGAAAACAGGUUGAUGUUAAACUGGUGACUAAGUGGAAUGAUAAUAAGAAUAGAACAAAUAAAACAUUAUGUGCUGAGAAACUAAUUGCAAAACCAAACUUAAAAAGUAUUAGUGUUUUUAGUGAAGAUUUUCUUGCAAUUCAAUUGGAUCCUGAAAAACUUGUUUUAGAUAGACCCAUAUAUGUUGGCUUUGCCGUACUGGAAUAUGCUAAACAACAUAUGUAUAAUUUCCAUUAUGACUUUAUUAAAAAAAAGUACGGUGACAAUGCAAAACUGUGUUAUACCGAUACUGACAGUUUAUUAUACUUAAUACAUACACAAAACUUUUAUAAAGAUUUGAAUGAUAAUAUAUUGAAAUUUGAUACUAGUAAUUUUGACAUUAAUAAUCCUUAUUGUAUACGAAAGUUAAACGAUAAAAUUCCCGGCUUGUUUAAAGAUGAAUUAGGUGGUGAUGUAAUAACCGAAUUUAUUGGAUUGAGAGCAAAACUGUAUUGUAUUAAAUCACUGAAAACACAGAUUAAUAAAGCUAAAGGUGUAUCAAGGCCAAUUACAAAAAGUUUAAAAAUAUCUAACUAUAAGAAAGUUUUAUUUAAGAAUAUUACUUUUAAAUGUAAGAUGAAUAUGAUUAAAUCAAGCAAACAUGUACUGUAUUCACAGGCAGUUAAUAAAGUAAUUUUAAAUAGAAUAGAUGAUAAAAGAUUAGUUCAACCAAAUCAAAUAGAUACAUUACCUUGGGGUCAUUGUGAUUACAUAUGCUAGAAAUUUUGUAUUAUACAAUGUAUACUGCUAUGAUUCAAAAUAUAUAGUUGUAUCUUAAAUAAAGAUAAGAUUUGCCUAAUAAACUAUACAUUUGGUUUA